AUGGAGGAGCCGCAGCGCGCCCGCUCGCACACGGUCACCACCACCGCCAGCUCCUUCGCCGAGAACUUCUCCACCACCAGCAGCAGCUUCUCCUACGACCGCGAGUUCCUCCGCACCCUGCCCGGGCUGCUCAUCGUGGCGGAGAUCGUUCUGGGACUGCUGGUGUGGACGCUCAUCGCUGGAACGGAGUACUUCCGGGUCCCUGCCUUUGGCUGGGUCAUGUUCGUGGCUGUGUUUUACUGGGUCCUCACCGUCUUCUUCCUCAUCGUCUACCUAACGAUGACCUACACCAGGAUCCCCCAGGUGCCCUGGACCACGGUGGGUCUGUGGUUUAACGGCAGUGCCUUCGCCUUAUACCUCUCAGCUGCUAUUGUGGACGCAUCUUCCGUCUCCCCGGAGAGAGACAGUCACAACUUCAACAGCUGGGCAGCUUCGUCGUUCUUCGCCUUCCUGGUCACCAUCUGCUACGCUGGAAACACAUAUUUCAGUUUUAUAGCUUGGAGAUCCAGGACCAUACAGUGAUUCACCAUUUUGAAAAUUAAAAGGGGGUGGGGGGGAAGGAAGACUCACUGUAAAACAAACAAACAAAAAACAAACCUGUAGGUAUAAUGUAUAUUUCCAGAGAUUUGUAUUUAACUAAUGUUUUUAUAUACUUAGUUAAAUUUGCUCACACUGGUUUGUUACAAUUAAACUGGAUACUUAUUUGCUGUAGCUUCUAAUGACUGUCUUAACUAUCUUGUUGCUGUCUUCACAGACCUUAUUUUCUUAGGCGAUGUAGAAAGAGAUGAACUGCUGAUACGAAGAAUGCAUCAAGUUCAUAAACCAAACUUUUAAAAAUGCUAGAUUCUUUUUUGACUAAAUGUUGCAGAAUUGAGGGUAACAUGGUGUCUCAUUCAAGAAAGGAGACCUUUCGCUGAAGCCUGAGGCUGGGGGCUGCCAGGAGUUCUUCACCCUCACGGGGCUGCCCAGGGUUGAUACUGCUGAGGAGACACUGUCCACAGGCCAGUGUGUCAGAGCGAUCCAUCUCCCCAAGCCUGGGGGUCAUUGGCAUCCAUGAUUCUCACACGCUGACUGGUUGGCACCAAAAGCAUCUAACGGCCACUAACCUUGGAGCUUAGUAAUGAGCUCCCCUUAAGCGAUGCUCUGAGCACAGUGGCUGAUGCGCUGCUGGUUGGUUUUUCUAACACUGAUUAAAA